AUGGGGGAUCUAGCAGGACGUAAGGUCUUCAAAGUAUUCAAUCAGGAUUUCGUCGUCGAUGAGAGGUAUACUGUCACAAAAGAGCUGGGUCAGGGUGCAUAUGGAAUCGUUUGCGCUGCCACGAAUUCGCAGACAGGAGAAGGCGUGGCCAUCAAGAAAGUGACCAAUGUCUUCAGCAAGAAGAUCCUCGCAAAGCGAGCGUUGCGCGAGAUCAAGCUCCUUCAACACUUCCGUGGCCACAGAAAUAUUACCUGUCUGUUCGACAUGGACAUUCCCCGCCCGGACAACUUCAAUGAGACCUAUCUUUAUGAAGAAUUGAUGGAAUGCGAUCUGGCUGCUAUCAUCAGAUCUGGCCAACCGCUGACAGAUGCCCAUUUCCAAUCCUUCAUAUACCAGAUCUUGUGUGGCCUCAAAUACAUCCACUCGGCAAAUGUGCUCCACCGAGAUUUGAAACCUGGAAAUCUGCUGGUCAACGCUGACUGCGAACUGAAAAUCUGCGACUUCGGCCUGGCCAGAGGCUUCUCGCAAGAUCCCGAGGAGAAUGCUGGGUACAUGACAGAAUACGUGGCGACCCGAUGGUAUCGUGCGCCCGAGAUCAUGCUGAGCUUUCAGAGCUAUACCAAAGCUAUUGAUGUCUGGUCUGUUGGCUGCAUUUUGGCCGAGCUGCUGGGUGGCCGGCCCUUUUUCAAAGGCCGUGACUACGUCGAUCAACUCAACCAGAUUCUUCACUACCUGGGCACUCCGAACGAGGAGACGCUAUCGAGGAUAGGGUCUCCCCGGGCUCAGGAGUACGUUCGGAAUCUCCCUUUCAUGCCUAAGAUCUUGUUUCAGAGAUUGUUCCCUACAGCGAACCCCGAUGCACUUGACCUCUUGGACCGAAUGCUAGCAUUCGAUCCCUCGUCUCGUAUUUCGGUGGAAGAUGCUCUUGAGCACAGGUAUCUCCACAUUUGGCACGAUGCUUCCGAUGAGCCUGCUUGUCCCAAGACAUUUGAUUUCGCUUUCGAGGUGGUAGAGGACGUCCAGGAAAUGCGCAAGAUGAUCCUCGACGAGGUGAUGAGGUUCCGCCAUCAUGUGCGCCACCAACCUACUCAGACGCCGACCACGAAUAUGGCAGUGCCGAUUCCCGACAAUCCUAAAGAAUGGAGCCAUGAAGAUCCAAGACCACAAGAAGCAGGUGCGGUCGUUGGUAAUGAUCUUGAGCACGAAUUGCAAGCAGGUGCGGACAUGUUGAUGAGACGAUAG